AUGGCGGCUUUCCCAAAUCUCAACUCUGAUGCUGGAUUGAAGAAGCUCGAUGAGCAUCUUCUCACUCGUUACUACAUUACAAGUCACAAGGCUUCAAAGGAUGAUAUCAAGGUCUAUGCGGCUCUCUCAAAGCCUCCACCUCCGCAGUAUGUGAAUGCAUCUCGUUGGUACAACCACAUUGAGACCCUCUUGAGCAUCUCAGGUAUCUCUUCUGAAGGGAGUGGUGUCACUAUUGAUGGAUUGGCCUCUAUCAAAGAAGAGGUUGUUGCUGACUCUAAAUGGCACUCUAUUGAUGGUAAGGUUGUUGUAUUUGAUGAUGAGCAAGACGUUGACCUUAUCAUGGAGGAAGCCGAAGAGGAAAAGAGAGCAGCUUCUUUGAAAGCAUCCUCAGAGAAGAAAGAAUCUUGGGAGUCGGCGGUAAUAAUUAUCAUACCGACAGAUGCUGAGACCGACAUGAAGAAGCUAGAGAAAGAUUUAAGAUCUAUUCAAAUGGAAGAAGGACUGUUUUGGGGAGCAUCAAAACGUGUCCCAAUUGGUUAUGGACACGAGUUGUUGCGGAUCGUAGCCACCGUCCCCCAUAAUGAAGAAUUUGAUAUUCUAGGCAUCCUUGUCGAUGAUCAUAUAAGUAAACUUGGGAGAUUCAACAUUCAUACUGCUGGCUUGGACGAAUCUCUACUUCUUAUAAAGCCGAAUGAUGACGAGGCUGACAUGAAGAAGCUAGAGGAAGUUGUAAGAUCCAUUCAGGCGAGAGGAUUGUUUUGGGGAGCAUCAAGACUUGUACCAGUUGGUUGUGGAAUCAAGUUGUUGGGGAUCGAGUGCACUGCCGUUGGACCCCUUAUACGUCCUGGACGCUUGGUGCGCUUCGAAGACAUUGUCAAAGAGGAAAUAGUGGGCCAUCACUAUGUCCAGAGCUGCCAAGCUCUCAGCCUGGAUAGAAUAUGUAAUGGUAUCACUUCAGAAGAGGAAUCCGAUUCUAAGGAUGAUGCUGCCCUUUUUGGGGAAGAGAGAGCAGUUUCUUUGAAAGAAUCCGGAAAGUCAGGAUUAAUGAUAGUUAAUAUGUCUCUGUUAAAUCCCGACAUGAAGAAGAGUGAGGAAUCUGUAAGAUCCAGUCAGAAAGAAGGAGUGGUUUGGGAAGCAUCAAAGAUCAUCAAAUGCUGGCUAUGGAUUCAAGUUUUUGCGGAUGAUAUUCACCAUUGUUGA